AAGAGAGACGGAGAGUGUGUGCGGGUGUGUGUGUGUGCGCGGAGUGUGGCCUGCCUGCCUGCCUGCCUCCUCUGUCUCUCCUCCUCCUUCUCCGCCGCUGCCCUUUGAUCCCAGCCUUAGUGUUAGUUAGGGGCCGGGAGACACGCAGGGAGCAGCAGCCAUCGCCGCUUUCUGCUGCCGCUCCGGAGCCCUCCUCCUCCUCCUCCUCCUCCUGCUCUUGACACCGCCGCAUAUGAGCCACCCUCGCCCAUUAGGUCCCUUCUCCUUCGCCUUCCCAUUGAGGAAUACCGCGACCGGGGAGCAGCCAGGUGCACGGCCGGAGAAGGAGGAGGAGGAGGAGGCGGCGGCAGGGAAGAAGGAAAGAAAGGAAAGGUGGAGGAGGAAGGGCAAAGGGGGGGAAAGGGGCAGAGGGGGGGUCCCUGCCUCUCCCUCCCCUCCGUGGCUCCAGGAUCGAGCCCUUCUCCCCCCCCCCCCCUCCGGCCAAGCCAGGCACCUUUUGCCCCCUCCUCCAACCUCUCUCCCGCCUCCCUCCCUCUUUAAUCCGGUCGCCGUCUCCCGUUGAACCGAGGAGGAGAAUGUGAACAGGAGGGGGGGAAAAUGCCCAGGAGGAAGCAGGAGCAGCCCAAGCGCCUCUCUUCUUCACAUGGUACGAGACUGGAAGAAGCUGAUGGUGAGCUUAGUGAGGAGGAGCAUUGGUAUGGAAACUCCUCAGAAACCCCAUCAGAAGCAUCUUAUGGAGAGGUCCAGGAGAACUUCAAAUUAUCCUUUGAGGAUAGACUCCAAGAACAGUCCACAUCUCCAGACACUUCCUUGGGAAGUGCAACUCCUAGCAGCAAUACACUGGAGCUGGCAACUGUGGAGAAUGAGGCUGUACGGGAUAUGUUACAAAACAAAGAACACCUUUCUCCUGGUGUGUCUUCUGUAUGUGAAGAUGACACUCCUGGUUCAAAUAAGCCACUGAGUAGUAACUUGAGACGUCUGCUGGAGGCUGGUUCUCUCAAGCUAGACACUAGUAUAAGAGUGAACGGCAGGGUUGAGUCCCCUGUAAAUCUAGGCUCAAAUAUCUCCUUUUCUCCACCUACCCAUCAUGCUCAGCAGCUAAGUGUCCUUGCUAGAAAGCUAGCUGAAAAACAGGAACAAAAUGACCAAUACAACGCAAGCAACCGGUUUAUAUGGAAUCAAGGCAAAUGGUUGCCUAACUCAACUCCCCCUUGCAGCUUAUCUCCAGACUCUGCAAUCCUAAAACUGAAAGCAGCUGCCAAUGCAGUCCUUCAGGAUAAGUCACUUUCUCGAACUGAAGAUCCAAUAAGGUUUGAAACCUUUUCUUCCCCAUUUAGUUCGCAGUCUGCAAGCUCCACCUUAGCGGCAUUAUCAAAGAAAGUCAGCGAAAGAAGCAUGACUCCUGGGCAGGACCACCCACCGCCAGCUAGCUCUUUCCUUUCUCUCGCCUCAAUGACUUCUUCAGCAGCUCUGCUCAAGGAGGUUGCAGCCAGAGCGGCAGGCAGUCUUUUGGCUGAGAAGAAAAAGUCGCUGGUUGUAGAAGAUCCCCUGCAGCUUUCAGACAUGAAGCAAGAGAAAGUAACUCCACCGCAGUCUUUGGAAUUAUUGUUACUCCCAGCCCCUAAAGGAAGAACUUCUAAAACCACUAACCCAGCUUCAGAAGAGGAAGGUGGGAAACCUUUCCAGUGUCCAAUAUGUGGCCUGGUGAUAAAAAGGAAGAGCUAUUGGAAGAGACACAUGGUGAUUCAUACAGGCUUGAAAAGUCAUCAGUGCCCUUUGUGCCCAUUUCGCUGUGCACGCAAGGACAAUCUCAAAUCACACAUGAAGGUUCACCAACACCAAGACCGGGGGGAAACAUUUCAGUGCCAGCUAUGCCCAUUUACUUCUUCUCGCCACUUCAGCCUGAAACUCCACAUGCGUUGCCAUCAACACUUCUUGAGGACAGAAGCCAAAGUGAAGGAAGAGGUCCCAGAAAUGGAUGUUAAGGUGUCACCACUGCUAAAUGACAACUCCAGACUGGGGCAGCCAGGAGAUGGGGGAACUGAACAAGCCGGGGCUGCUGCCAUGGCCUCAAAAACACCUGAGGCAGUUGGGCAAGGAGGAGGUGUCAUCCCUCCUCUGCUGGUGAAGGAAGAGCCCAAAGAUGAAAACAAUACCCCAUCCUUUCCUCUCAGUGUUGUUGAUAGAAUUACCACCAACAAUACUAAGUUAAAAGACUCCAUUGACUUUGUGACCAAUACAGCGUCAGCACUUUUCAGCCAGGAUAUCUCUGUGAAGAUGGCUUCAGAUUUUCUCAUGAAACUCUCAGCUGCAAAUCAAAAGGAACCCUUGACUCCAAUAUUCAAAGUGAAAGAUGAACCGAAAGACGAGGAAAAUGAAAGCUCCACUUUGCCUAAAUCCAGUUAUGUUUUCAGCCAUGAACCUGAAACAUCUGCUCCAAGCAUUCCCGAGGAGAAUCUCAAAUCACAGGAAGUGCCAGCAAAUGCAUUACAGCAGGACAUGUCAGUCAAAGCAGCAUCUGAACUUCUCAUGAAGCUAUCAGCGGAAAGUUACAAGGAAUCCCAGAUGAUAAAGAUUAAAGAAGAGCCAAUGGAAGUUGAUAUUCAUGAGCCCCAAGCCUCAGUUUCACCCAGCCAAAACAUCAGUUAUAGCACUUUACUCAGGCAAGAGAUAACUGAACACAUACAGAAGAUACCAGAAGGCCGUGUACUCCCUGAGAGAAACCUCUUCAGCCAAGAUAUAUCAGUAAAGAUGGCUUCGGAGCUACUUUUUCAGUUGUCAGAAAAAGUGAGCAAAGAGCACAAUCACUGUAAAGAUAACACCAUUGCAGCUACAACCAGCCCUUUUUUUUCUGAAGAUACAUUUAGACAAUCACCGUUCACUUCCAAUUCAAAAGAUCUCCUGGCUAAUGAAACUGCUGUUCCUGGAAAGACGACAGUAACAGAUACAGAGAAGAUAGGGCUGGAAGCUGGAAAUGGGUUACCAUCUUGGAAAUUUAAUGACCAGCUCUUUCCCUGUGAUGUGUGUGGAAAAGUGUUUGGCCGACAGCAGACGUUGUCCCGACAUCUCUCCCUGCACACAGAAGAGAGAAAAUACAAAUGCCAUUUGUGCCCCUACGCUGCUAAGUGCCGUGCUAACCUGAACCAGCACCUGACUGUCCAUUCCGUGAAGCUGGUGAGUACAGACACUGAGGACAUUGUCAGCGCUGUCACUUCCGAAGGCAGUGAUGGAAAGAAGCACCCUUAUUACUACAGUUGUCAUGUGUGUGGAUUUGAAACUGAGAUGAAUGUCCAGUUUGUCAGUCAUAUGUCGCUUCAUGUGGAUAAAGAACAGUGGAUGUUUUCUAUUUGCUGCACAGCCUGUGAUUUUGUGACCAUGGAAGAGUCAGAGAUGAAGGCUCAUGUCGCCACCAAGCACACAGGUGAAGAGAGGAAGACACCCCGUGAUUCAAACAGCCCUUCUUCUUCUUCCCUGUCCGCACUUAGUGAUUCUGCCAACAGUAAAGAAGAUGCAGAUAUCAGCCCCAAACCCAAGGGUCCAAACAACCUGCUAGUUAUUUCCGUAGUGCCUGGUAGCCAGACCAUAUUAAAUGCGGAAGAAAAGUCAGAGAAAGGUUUUGAAUGUGUUUUCUGUAACUUUGUCUGCAAAACAAAAAAUAUGUUUGAGCGCCAUUUGCAAAUCCACCUUAUCACACGGAUGUUUGAAUGUGAUGUGUGCCACAAGUUCAUGAAGACUCCUGAGCAAUUACUGGAGCACAAGAAAUGCCACACUGUCCCCACCGGUGGGCUCAAGUGCCCAUUCUGCAUUUAUUCCACAAACCGUCCAGCAGCGAUGGAAUGCCAUUUGAAGACCCACUACAAAAUGGAGUACAAGUGCCGGAUCUGCCAGGCAGUGAAAGCCAACCAGCUGGAGCUGGAAAUGCACAUUCGGGAGCAUCGCCUUGGCAACCAUUACAAAUGUGACCAGUGCGGCUACCUUUCCAAGACGGCCAACAAGCUGAUCGAGCAUGUGCGCGUACACACUGGGGAGCGCCCUUUUCACUGUGACCAGUGCAGCUACAGCUGCAAGCGCAAAGACAAUCUCAACCUGCACAAGAAGCUCAAGCAUGCGCCGCGGCAGACUUUCAGCUGCGAAGAGUGCCUCUUCAAGACCACCCACCCUUUUGUCUUCAGCCGCCAUGUGAAGAAGCACCAAAACGGGGACUGCUUCGAAGAGGAGAAAAAGGGCCAGGGAUCAAGCUCUAAGGAAGCCAGCCCUCUCCUUGCAGGCAGCAGUCCCCGGAGCCUCUUGUCACCUCUUUCCAUGAUGUCCGCCUCCCAGGCUCUCCAAACAGUGGCCAUGUCGGCUGCUCAAAGUGGGGGGGCGGAGCCAAACCUGGCACUUAAGGCCUUGGCCAUCAAUGGCACUUCCCUCUGCUUUGACAAGUAUCGAAACUCUGAGUUUGCCCACCUCAUUCCCUUGACCAUGUUUUUUCCUAAGAACCACUUUGAGAUCACAUUCCAUGCGCCCCGGCCGCAGACCGUGCGCCUGGGUGACACAUCGCCGAAGCACUCCUUCCUCGCCUACCUUGGACUCACCGAAAGGGCAGAAACUGUCUGAGGGCAGCCACAUUCUGUACCAAAAAUACUCCAAACACACCGUUCCUCCAAACACACCCAAAAGACACCCAGCAGGUAUAUACGUUGUUGCAAACCAUACCGAGGUAUGGCUGUCUGAACCUUUGUACUAUAGAUCAUUAGUCGUGAGAUAUAAGAAAGCAAAAUGGCUCUGUGUGUCUCUUUAAUGCAUUGACAUGAAGGCUGCUUUAUUGAAAACUUCAGAGAGGUGACCUCCUUCAUUCUUCUACUUUCAGAGGCAUGUCCCCAGCACUCUUAACUUAAAAACUCUUUUUUGUCUUGUUUAAAGCUGAACGAGAGUGUCCUUAAUGGCAAUCAGCACUUGCUAAGAUUACAUAUUGAUGCAUUUUCCUUUGGGUUUGUGAGUGCGAAUGUGUCUGAAAGAGAGUCAGUGUGCCAUGACAUUACUUUUGCACAUCCUUUUGUAAUGGCUUAUUUAAUAUGAACACAUAAAGCUGCCUUAUACCACAUCAGAACAGUGGUCCAUCUCGCCUAGUAUUGUCUGCUCCGCCUGGCAGCACAGCACUUCUCCGAGGUUCUCAAGCAGAAGUCUUUCCCAGGAUCUGUCGCCUGAGAAGCUCUUGCCUGGAGAGGCUGGGGAUCGAACCUGGGACUUCGAUACAUGCAAAGCAUGUGCUCUACCUACCAUUGAGCAGCACCCCCUGCCCCUUGCGAUAAUGAUUGCGGUUCUCCUUGCUCACCAUUUUGCCUGCUUCUCUUUCUUUUGUAGUUAUCAGAACAUGGGAACAGCAAUGCUUGGUUCAAGCAGCAUUGGCAUACCCAUCAGUACUACUUGGAAUUUGCUAUAGAAUACUUGUUGGUUAGGAAUUCUCCUCUCUGAGAAUUCAAAGAUCAGGGCAGAAGUAGAUGAGAAGAAAUCAUUGUUUUCAGCCUUGCAACGUGAGGGCUCUUUCACACGUUACCAUUUUUCUACAUGGAAAUAAUCUCUGCAUGGGCAAAUGGACAUACCUCGCCAUGUUUGUCAUAUAAUAUGAAUGUGUCCUCCCCCACCACCACCACCACCACAAAUUGGUUAGCCUCUGCACAUUUAUGCUGCUUGGAGGUUGUAUUUCAUGAAAACAAACAAAACCAUGCACUUCUGCCUCUUUUGGAAAUGUUGCAUGUUCCAACACAGAGAUUAUGUCUAUAGAGGAAAAAUGUAUGAAGCAGCCUGGAACAUAGAAUACUGACAUACAAGAAAGAGCACCCAGCCCUUUAAACAGCAAGUGCAUUUUGGGCAUGUUCAAGGUCUUCUGUUAUAAUCAUGUAAACUAUGGGCUGUUUUUUUCCCAAUACUUUUUUGUACUUGAGUAUAGUGCAGAUGUUCAGGAGCAAAAUCCAGCAUGCCAGCAUCCAUUUUAAAUGGAACAUAUGCACUACAUUUAAAUUAUAUUUCUUCAAUUCUAAGAUUGGCAUCAGUUGUAAGACGCACACAAAUUUCAGUACCACCACUUUCAAAUACAAUACGUAUGAUUCUAUAAUGCACCCCAUUUUUAGAAAUGUUUAUAUGGAAGGGAAAGUGUGCCUUAGAAUCGAAGAAAUACAGUAUUCCCUCAUUAUGCUUCUGUCUAGUUUGCUAAGAAAAUUAGUGAUUUAAAGGCAUGUGCUCUGUUCAAACUGAUGCAAAUCAAGAUUAGCACAUGGGGGGUAAGCAAAUAAUAGAAAGCAGCCCUUGGAUAAGGAGAUCAAACAUGAUCAUUCUUGCCUCAAUUUCAGUGGUUACGUUCUUUUGCAAAAUCAAGAGUGUACAUUCAACCGUGAUGAAAUCUAGGAAAGGGGAUAUUAAAAAGGAAGGGUUUGGUGAAUUCUGGGUAGCAAUGCUCAGACUAAAUAAAGGCAGGUUUUGCACAGUGCUUGAGUCUUGCACUACUAUGUUUCUCAUGAGCAAAACAUAAAAAGAUAAGCAGUGUAGAAAAAAGGUUUCUUUUGUUGACUGAAAAAGUACCAGAUUGUAUAUUUGAAAAGUUAAUGGCAAGUUCUUUUAAGCUGAAAGAGAAAAAAAAGGUGCUGUUUAAUUAUACAAUUCUCUUUUGUAUGCCCAAUGUUUUGGUUAUAUUGACAAAAAUGUGUGUCCUUAUAAACAUUACUCUUCAUGUUACUUGUAUUCCUUUAUAUCAUUUUGUUGAUACCUACUCGAGUAUACUCUUCUAGGAAGCUAACUUUAUAUUUUUCUUAAAGCUCUUAUUUUGUGGUCAUUAAAAUGACAUAAAUAUUGCACUUUAUUGCAGUAAGAAGCAAAUGUUGCAUUCCUAUUAGAUGAUCUAAGUCCAUUGUUAACUCUCCCCAAGAUGUUUUUCCUUGCCCAUGCACUGAUGUUUAUUGUCUGUCAUUAUCAUUACCGCAGCCAGUUCUCUCCUCUAAACACAUAACAAGGAGAAGAAGUGCAGAUCUAUGUAAGAGUUCAAAGACCAGAAACAGUUUUCAAUGGAGGACAAGAAGGGGGAAAAUCCGGUUUAACUAGGCAGGUUACAUUACCACUGAAGAAACAAAAGUCAAUAUAGUAGUUUAACCAAGGAUAAAAUAAGAUGAUGUUUAAAUUGUCCCCAAUACAGGCAUCUUUAUACACUGUGUUGCUGUGAAUUUUCUGGGCUGUAUGGCCAUGUUCCAGAAGCAUUCUCUCCUGCUGUUUCACCCACAUCUAUGGCAGGCAUCCUCAGAGGUAGUGAGGUGUUGGCAAGUGAAGUUUAUAUAUCUGGAAUGUUCAGGGUGGGAGAAAGAACUCUUGUCUGCCUGAGGCAAGUGUGAAUGUUUCCAAUUGGUCAGCUUGAUUGGCACUAAAUAGCCUGGCAACUUCAAAGCCUGGCUGUUUCCUGCCUGGGGAAAUACUUUGUUAGGAGGUGUUAACUGGCCCUUAUUGUUUCUUGUCUGGAACACAGAAAUGCUGGACAACUAACAACUACCCAUCAGACUACACAGAGAAGCCAUUAAAAUCCACAAGCAUGUGGACGAUUUCAACAGAAAGGAGGAAACAAUGAAAAUUAACACAAUCUGGCUACUAGUAUGAAAAUAUUCUAAAAUAGGGACAGUAAAUAAAGAACAACACUGAGAAGACGGGAAUUCCAGACAAGAAACAAUCAGGGCCAAUUAAUACCCCCCAACAAAGGAUUCUCCAAGGCAGGAACAGCCAGGCUUUGAAGCUGAAAGAUUAUUCAGUGCUUAUCAAGCUGGCCUAAUGGAAACAGUCACACUUGCCUCAGGCAAACAAGAAUUCUUUCUCCCACCCUAAACAUUCCACAGAUAUAUAUAACCCACUUGCCUAGUUUCUAACACCUCACUAUCUCUGAGGAUGCCUGUCAUAGAUGUGGGUGAAACGUCAGGAGAGAAUGCUUAUAGAACAUGGCCAUACAGCCCGGAAAACUAACACCAACCCAGUAAUUCCAGCCAUGAAAAUCUUCAACAAACACAUCCUGAUACACUUUUCAUUGCACUCAGUGAUGUUAAAAGUAUUCCUAUGAGUUGAUCGUGUGGCAAAACAUUGACUAAGGAAAGGUCAGUAGAGUGUCAUGAACUAUUGCAUUUCAGUAGCAUCCCACCCCCAAGCUAUGAGGAGAAUAUGGAAAAGCCUAGCAGGAAUCACCAGCACUUAAUAUGUGGCAGAGAAUCACACACAAAUCUUGCAGACAGGCACAAGAAAGGAUGAAGAAGAGAAAGUGACAUCUCGGUAGAGAGUUACUGGCAGUGACAAAGUGGCUGCUCAUGAGAAAUGUCCCAGCAAGCUGCAAUAGGCUCACUACACCCAAUAUGCUGGCAAGCAUGCAUUCACACAAAGAGUUUAAUUUCUCAUUUUUAAAGCUAUUUCUGUAGAUCGGGAGGGCAUUUUCCUCCAAUCUUGAACUAUUUACUUAACUACGGAAUUAUCGCGAAUGAACAGGCUCCACUUAAGAUCUUAGUGAAGAAGGAUUUGCCUGCAAGUAGACAACAUAUCAAUCAGAAGGGUAAAAUUAAUUCCUUUAUUUGCAAGGGGAAGAUAAACUCCUACCCAGUAUGGGAGUUGUAGUCCAAAAACUUUGGCGAGACAAGGAUUUCCGCCCCUGAUGGAUGGCAAGAAUAAAGGGACUUGGUUUCCACAAGAAGCUGCUGCAGUUAACUAAAUAUAUUCAAGGUGCUUCUAAUAAUGCUAUUUUUAAAAAGAAAACAAAUAGUUGGAUUGUCAGCAAGUAAGCUACGCAUGAAUAGGAAUGUUAAGCGAUUUCUCCCCCCUGCGAACCAAAUGGUGCAAUAUACAUAGGAACUGCAAGGAAUGAGAGUAUUAUGAUGCUGUAAGCGACUUAAUGCCUUGGGUUUAACCAUUUUCCUUUUGUAUUUGAUGUCUUGUCAUAGUAAUGCUUAAUGUAAUUGGGCAGCUUUAUUUAGCACUUUGAACAUUGAAUUAUUUCUGGAACGUUAGUUAUACAUGAGUUCUGAAUGAGAAAAAAUGCAUCUGGAGGUGUUUUUUAUUUUUUUAAGGAAAAAAAGUACAGUAUGUAUCAAAGCCCUUGCAUACACAGUAAUUCGUUGGCUGUCUGAAGCUAAAGAUAGGAAUGCUCCCUCUGGAUAUCCUUUGCUUGUUAAAAGACUUGACGUUUUUACCAACAGGCUCAGUUUGUAAUCUGCUUCUUUCACUAUGCAUUCUUUAAGAUAGGCUGGUUUUCUAGUUUUCCAUCCAGUAAUUUGGUUACAUUCUCAGCACUUUCCUUGCUUCCCCCUGGCCUUUUUAACUUGCUGUACCAUAUUCAGAUAUCACACUAUCAAGGUUUGUGUACAUUAAUGGAAAUUUGUAUUGUACAAAGCUUUUUUGCAUUAUAAGGCUGUACAGGGUCAUUUUGACAGUAACUGGUAUAUUUCUUUGCAUUUAUGUUGCAUUGCCAAUUUCUAGUGUAUCCAGUUUGGAAGUAUAUAUACUCUAAUUAAAAACAAAGUUGGCUAUA